UAAGAGGGUUGGGUUUCAUUUCGCCCUUCUUUCCAUAUUUCUAAUUCGUGGACAUUUAAUGAAUUAUGGAAUUAAUUCAAUAACACACAAUGAGUGACGGAUAUUUUCAAACAGUUCCCUGUGUAGUUAGCUUGUUAAGAAAAACGGGCAUGGACCAAUGUUUAGCGAUUGAUUAGUGCUGCCUGUGCUUGCAGCAGAGAAAAAUGGCAGCUGAUUCUUAAAUUUUAAUUCGUAUCACCUUUUGACAACCUAUUGAUAAUUUAAAGAAGGGUUGUCCAGCAGUGCAGCACUGUGUAUUCAUCUACAUGCGGUUUACGAUGUUUGGGUCGGGGGUAACGGGGCGUCGAUGAGUCGGGCAGCCGCAUACGGAGCAGUGGGUAUGCCCAGAAAACGCCUGCCCCGGCCCAUCCAGCACAGGAACGCAACUGAGGAGAGAAAAAGUCGAUACCAACCUGAAGAAUUCUUCUGAUAAAAGUGUACGCCACUGUACUCUAUUCGCUGUUUCAUGAGACGCUGGCUGUACUACAGUAUGUAGACGUCAGUGUUUUCCCCUUUAGUUUUUGCAAAUGAAAAUGGAGGAAAUGUCUCUGUCGGGCCUGGACAACACUAAGCUGGAGGCCAUUGCUCAUGACAUUUACUCUGACCUGGUGGAGGAUGCUUGCCUGGGCCUGUGUUUUGAGGUGCACCGGGCUGUCAAGCAAGGGUACUUCUUAUUGGAUGAGACUGACCAAGACAGCAUGAAGGACUUUGAAAUUGUGGACCAGCCAGGGGUGGACAUAUUCGGGCAGGUGUACAAUCAGUGGAAGAACAAGGAGUGCGUGUGUCCCAACUGCAGCCGCAGCAUUGCCGCCUCACGCUUUGCCCCACACUUGGAGAAGUGCCUGGGCAUGGGCCGCAACAGCAGCCGCAUCGCCAACCGCAGAAUAGCCAGCAGCAACAACAUGAAUAAAUCAGAGAGUGACCAGGAGGACAAUGACGAUAUCAAUGAUAACGACUGGUCAUAUGGGUCAGAAAAGAAAGCCAAGAAGAGGAAGUCAGAUAAGAAUCCAAAUUCUCCCAGAAGAUCAAAAUCUUUAAAGCAUAAAAAUGGAGAGCUCAGUAGCAGUGUCAGCACUGAUCCUUACAAGUACAACUAUAACUCUGGCAUCAGUUAUGAAACCCUGGCGCCUGAGGAAUUGAGGUCUUUGUUAACAACGCAAUGUGGUGUGAUAUCAGAGCAUACCAAGAAGAUGUGCACACGGUCUCUGCGGUGUCCCCAGCACACGGACGAACAGAGAAGGACCGUCCGGGUGUUCCUCCUGGGGCCAUCCGCGUCGGCGCUGCCGGACAUGGACGCGGUGGAGGAGAGCGACGGCUAUGACGCUCCCGAUGGACAGGCUCUAAUGAGCCGGCUGCAUUGGGACGGGUCCUCGGACAUCUCCCCCUCCGAUUCCGCCUCCUCCAAAGCAAGCACCAACAACUCCGACUCCAAGAAACCCAAGAAGAAGAGGCCAUCUUUGGGUCCGAGCGGCGCCGGUGGGGGGGGAAGCAGCAGCUCGCAAGGAGGCCUGGGCUCCUCCAACCGCAAGAAGAAACCCAAGCUGCCCACAGCCCCCGCAACUAGCAUCUACGAUGAGAUGAAUUAGCGUGCACCGCGCCUCUCUCCCCUCCCCACCCUUGCACAUCACACGUUCAAGACUGAGGAUGGUGGCAUUGGCAGAAAACAAGAUUUCUACUGAGAUAUGGACCUCUGACCUGGAAAAGGCUCAUGAAACCAUUCCUCUCUCUCCCUCAGAAUCUUUUAUUGUCUCCAUCUCUGUUUACAUGACAGUCACCUGACCUGCCCACAGAUAAGCCGCACCUCUUACCUGCCGAACGCCCAGGGGUUGUGCAUCCUGAGAGAAGCAUGGGCAGAAGGGAAAGGGGUCUGUUGUUAUAGUGGUUCCAACUUGGGUCAAGCUGGAACAAAACCUUGACGUCAAUGAGAGCGGUCCUGAAUCCUGAAUGCUAGUAUGGCGUCCCUGUGGCAUUUGAACGAUAUCUGCAGUCUGCUUGCUCACUAAAACGAUGAGAAUGUGUGUGUUUUAUGUGUGCGUAUCCCAUAGAGGGGAACACUGCACUGUCAGAACCCUAAAUGGUUGUGACAGCUCUGAAUUUGCCUCCUUUCACGGGUCACUCUUGUGCCGAGGGUUUAUUUCCUGUCUUUGUAUUUCUCUAUUUUUGUCAGAUACGAACAUUUUUCUUCUCAUGUAAAUGGAGGUGACGCGAAUCAAAAAGGGAUAGCUUAAUCUCAAGACCGCUGGAUCAUUCCUCAAGAUACAAUGAUUGUGUUUUUCUUUUUGAUUGCACUGCUUUAAAGUGUAGGACCAAUCAAAAUUCGGGUGUGUCAUUCGUUUGGUUUCUUUAACUUAAAACUCAUUGAGAUGACUUUAUUUUUGAGAUGAGAAACCCUUAGACUCUCUCUACUCAGCAUGGUGCUGUUAGUGUGCUUUGGGCUGCUGGACUGGACAGUUCAGAGAAGCGUGGCACAAAAGCUUUCGCACUUUGUCAGUGUCUAUAUGCGAGUGUUCUCCAAUAGGGGCGCUGGUGUGUGUGCGUGUGUGCGUGUGGCCACUUGGACGUGUUGCACAUGGUUGUUUGAGAAAUUGGUUUGCGAGUGUACCAUUGCUUGUCUGUGAAGCUGCUAUUGGUUUGCAUGUUGGUGUGUGUGUGCGUGUAUGGGUUUAUAUGCAUGUGUUAGAGCAUGCUAUUGUGCGUGUGCGUGUAUUUGGAUUACAUUAUGCAUCUCUGAGGGUGCCGUUGUGUACAUGUGAGAGUAUUUGGGGUUUACAUGUACCAAUAUCUAUCUGAGUAUGCCACUCUGUUUGGAUGUGUCUGUGAGAACGUGUGGUGGUAUUUGUGUACCUGUGGGCGUAUGUGUUGUGCGUCUGUGCAUUUAUAGGUAUGUAUGGGUAUUAUAUUUGUGUACCUACCCAUGUGCGUGCACAUAAAAGAUUCAUGAAUCAAACUGUUGAUGUGUGGUCUCACCACUGCUUCUGGCAAAAUAAUGUUACAAACAAUACAAUCUGCAUCGACUGGGCCUUGGCAACAAAACUUGCUUGUGUAACGCGUCUUGAAAAAUGUCAGCGUUAAAACACUUGUGCUUGUGCACAUUGCUGGAAGUUUAAUGCUGUAUGUCUUUAUACCUCAAAAGUUCGGGAACGUUGACAUGAUCACUGUAGCAUGAACACUUAUUUCUGCCUAUUCUUCCCGUAUAGUCUGUGGUACAAAAAGGAAAUGCCUUUUA